GUUACUUUCUCUUCAAUUUUCCUCACUAUCUUCUUUUGUCUGCUUCUGCUAAGAACAAACUUAAUAAAGAUUAAAAGCUUUUUCUUCAUUAUUUCUGAUUUUGAUUAAUUUCUUAAACUAAAAUAUUUUUGUAGUAAUUGGGUAUUCUUAUCUCUUUUACUGGGCAUCUCUUGAAGUUCCUUUUUUUAUUUCUUUUUAUUUUUUUUUGUUUUGGGUUUUAAAUGAGCUUGCUUUUUCACAUAUUAAUAAAGUUCAUAAACUUUUUCUAGAUUAUUUUCUGAUUUUGAUUAACUUUUUAAACUAGAAUGUUCUUGUAGUAAUUGGGUAUUCCUUUUAGGAAUUUUCUUGAGAAAAAACUAGCUCAUUGGAUUUAAAUGAACUUACUUUUUCACAUAUUCUAUUGUUUGUUUUCCUAAGAAUUACCUAAUAAAGAUCAAACCUUUUUUCUUGAUCUUGUUUUGAUUUUGAUUUGUUUUUCAGAUUAUAGCUGUGUUGUAGUAAUGGGUAUUCCUUUUUGGACAUUUCUUGAAAAUUGUUUUAGCUCAUUUUUGGAUUUUUUACAUCUUCUUUUGUCUUUCUAUGCUAAUAUUCUUUUAUCUGAUACUGCUAACAGCAAUCCUAAUAAAGAUCAAGCCUUUUUUACUUUUGAGACAAGUAACAAUAAAGAUCAAAACUUUUUCUCAAUUAUCCUUUGGUUUUGAUUUCUUUUUGAAGUUUAGAAUAAUGUGUUAGUAUUAUUUAUUUAACUGAUUGAGUUUUUCUUUCUGGAUUCAAAAUUAGUUUGAAGAAGACUAAUAAAUCGAGAUAAUUGGCUGUGAUCAUAUAAAUGCUGUUUGUUUUAAUUAUGGAGUGUUUUUCAUUUGUAGCUGAUAUUGGGUGAAUGAGUUUGAGAUUGAAGUUGAUUCUUUAAUCGACUUUUGAUCUUGAACCAUGAUCUGUACAUAUAGCUCUAUUUUCUUUACUGCUACUUUUCAAUUUUUUCAAAGCUAUAGUGAAGUAAGAAUAUAAAGGUUGCAUCUUUCUUUGUUGUACUUCAAUUUGUCAAUGAAUUUUCUGUGUGAGUUUGGAUUUCUAAUCCUCCAUAUAAAUCAUUUAUAAUGAAACAUAAGUCUCGAUAUUUUGUGUCCGGUUGAAACUGGAACCGGCCCUGACCAGUACAAGGGGCCGGGUGGGGCUGGGUUAAAGGGGUAGGGGAUUUGGUCUGUUCAUGUUUUGACAACCGGUUAAUCGGACCGGUAAAACUCGGUCAACGCAAUUCAUCCGGUUAACCGGCCCGGACCGGCCCAGACCGGUAUAGCGAUUUCAAUCUCUCUUGAGUUCUGGAAUAAUGGGAUCUUACAUGAACUUCAAGAACUUUGCUGACACGCCGCUGACAGAGAGCAAUGGUGGGAUGUCAAUGGGAAGUGGUAAUUUUCCUUUGGCAAGACAAUCUUCCGUAUACUCGUUAACUUUUGAUGAGCUCCAGAGUACUUGUGGACUUGGAAAAGAUCUUGGGUCAAUGAAUUUGGAGGACUUAUUGAAGAACAUUUGGACAGCUGAAGAAUCUAAUGUUGUAGCAUCUGCUGCUGGCGUUGGAAAUGCGAAUACGACUGGAGGGAAUUUGCAAAGACAAGGUUCUUUGACAUUGCCUCGGACGCUUAGUCAGAAAACUGUGGAUGAAGUAUGGAGAGAUUUCCAGAAAGAAACAACAAUUAGUUCUAAAGAUGGAAGUGGUACAGAAUGGCCAAAUCUUGGUCAGAGGCAAUCUACAUUGGGUGAAAUGACAUUGGAGGAGUUUUUAGUUAGAGCAGGAGUGGUUCGAGAAGAUAUGCAACCAACUGGAAGCUCGACUGAUGUUAGGUUUACCGGUGGUUUAAGUCAACCUAGUACUAACAACAAUGGUCUGAACAUAGCAUUUCAGCAACCUACUCAAACUCCUGGAUUGUUGAGUAAUCAAUUUGAAGAUAAUAACAUGUUGAAUGUGGUUAGUGCCACAUCUUCACAACAAAUACUGAAUGUGGCCUUCACAUCUCCUAUGCAAUUAGGGACCAAUGUCCAACUGGCUAACGCGGGUGCUAGGGAACCCGCUGUCAGCAUGUCGAGUCCUUCUGUAAAUACUAGUACUAUUGUUCAAGGAAGUGUCAUGCAGGGUGGAACUAAAGGCUUGGCCGGAUUGCGUAAUGGAGUUACACCAGCAAAACGAGGAUCGCCUGGAAAUCAACUGUCACCGGACAUGAUGUCUAAGAAGGUGCUGGACAGAUCAUCUCUUUCACCUUCACCUUAUGCAUUUAUUGAAGGCGGAAAAGGGAGGAGACCAUGCAACUCUUUGGAAAAAGUUGUGGAAAGAAGACGUAAGAGAAUGAUUAAGAACAGAGAAUCCGCAGCAAGAUCAAGGGCUCGGAAGCAGGCUUACACUCUAGAGUUGGAAGCUGAGGUGGAGAAGCUUAAAGAAAUCAACAAAGAGUUGCACAAGAAACAGGCUGAAUUUAUCGAGAUGCAGAAAAAUCAGCAAGAAGGGAUACCCAAUCCCUCUUCUCCUAGAAGGAAAAAUCACAAAGAGAAGACUAAUCACAAAUCCAAUCACCAGUGGAACGGUAUUGAUGACUUUUCUUGGAACAACAAAAUGAUAACAGUGAAGCACAUCAUUGUGUGAUGCUGCAAAGGUAAGGAAAGCAAUCAAUGAAAGUGAUGCAUGAAAAAUAUCAGACCAUCUAAGUCUAUAAUCUCUUGGCACACAAGGCUUAAUCCUUUUUCCAUUGAAAGUCCAAAUGCCACUGAAUGUUGCCACCCCAUAAUGUAGUCUCCCUCUAGCUGAUUUGAAGCUGUCAGUGAACGAGAAAAACACGCAAGAAACAGCCGAUAGGAUCAAGAAAAUCGCGGUCAUAUACUGCUCAAACUUGUUGCAUUGGCCAUCAUUGGUUAGUAUGGGUGCAAAAAUGGUGAAUGCUAGGAUUGUGGCAGUUGGUAAGAGGACGUUGAGGCGAGCCGUGCCACUUAGGAUUGUGUUGAUGAUGAAAAUGAAGUUGGAAUCCUUUUCUUCUUCAUCAUAUUCUGGGAGGUAGAAGUCAUUCUCAGGUUCAUCAAUUUCAACCAAAUGUUGGUACAUAUUGUUGUUGUUCUCCAUCUUGAAUUGGUGGGGUUGUUGAAAUCUGAAGGUACUCUCAACAUUAUAUCAAAAGCUUAAUUAUACUAAGAUAAUGGUAUUGAAUGACUUGUGAAAAAGGAAAAGGAAAAGGAAAAAGAGAGAAUGGUGUUGAAAGAGGUUCUUGCUGAGAUUUAAGGAAAAAGCAAUUCCAUUUCUUCUAAUUGUUUACUUCCUUUAGAUCAAACUCUAGGAAAGGUAUCAUUAAGGGGUGAGGCUUUUUUUUGUUGUAGGGGAGAACAAGAACCAACGUGGUUUUUCUUCUUUUGGUUUAUGGUUCUUAUUUUGUA